UUUUAGCUCGCAGUCCCCACCUGCCCAUUUGGCAUUUGCAACUUGCCAUUACAGCUAGCGAGCAGCUUUCGGAUCGUACCCUCUCCAAUUUUCUCUCAAUUUCCCUUCUCCCGUUCUGCGUGUUUUCUUUUUCCUCGGGAAAAAAUCUUCUCAAGAUCUGGAUUUGGAAGGUAAAGCCGGCGCAAUUGGGAACUUAGUUGUUGAUCUCAGCCAUUUAAUGCUCUUUCGUUAUUGUUAUUAUAUUUUCUCGCUUUAAUUUCUCUUGCUGUGAUUUCCUUUUCUCUGCUGAAAAUUGAAUCCUAUUCCCCAAAAUAGGAAGGGAAAAACUUGGGUUUUGAGGAUGACUUUUGUGUUCUAACAGCUAGAGAAUGUGGGUUGUGGGCAGAUUGCUUUCAGUCGGCAAAAGCCACUUUCUCUCUCUCUUCCUUUCCUUCUUCAAAGUAUAAAGUUGGCUUUUGAAGCAAUCGAAUUUUCCUGUUGUUUUCUUUUUUCCCGAGAAUCUGUUUUUUAAAAAAAUCUUCUCGUUGAAUUGUUGGGCUGUUCGGUGGUGGUGGUGUUGGUUGUGGUGGAUGUUCUCAAGCUGACCUGAUCUACAUUGGUUCUCUUGGGAACGCGCACAGACAUUCUCGUGGAAGAUUCAUUUAUGGUCGUGAUAAUAUCAAGAAACUGUGCCUGAAGAAAAGGCACUGGGUUGGUAGCUAUGGCAUCAGGAGAAGGGAGGCGGCAUAAAAAUCUUGUGCCUCUUGCUGCUCUCAUCAGUAGGGAGAUGAAGAGUGAGAAGAUGGAGAAGCCAAGUCUCAGAUAUGGGUAUGGGGCUCAGUCUAAGAAAGGGGAGGAUUAUUUUUUGGUAAAAACAGAUUGUCAAAGAAUCCCGGGAAAUCCUUCAUCAACAUUUUCUGUAUUUGCGAUCUUAGAUGGGCACAAUGGGAAUGCUGCCGCAAUUUUUACGAGAGAACAUUUGUUGAAUCAUGUACUGGGUGCUAUUCCUCGCGGGCUUGGGCGGGAGGAGUGGCUCCAAGCACUACCGCGAGCAUUAGUUGCUGGGUUUGUGAAGACUGACAAGGAAUUCCAGAAUAGAGGAGAGACUUCUGGAACAACAGUUACAUUUGUAAUUGUUGAUCGAUGGACUGUGACAGUUGCUUCUGUUGGGGACUCCCGUUGCAUUUUAGACACACCAGGUGGUACUGUUUCUGUCUUGACUGUCGAUCAUAGACUUGAGGAAAAUGUGGAGGAGAGGGAACGUGUGACUGCAAGUGGAGGUGAAGUUGGGCGGCUUAGCAUUGUUGGUGGGGCUGAGAUUGGUCCCCUCCGUUGUUGGCCAGGGGGUUUGUGCCUCUCGAGAUCAAUUGGAGAUAUGGAUGUCGGAGAGUUUAUAGUUCCCAUACCGCAUGUUAAACAAGUGAAGCUAUCAAAUGCUGGUGGGAGGCUGAUAAUUGCUUCCGAUGGCAUAUGGGAUGCACUAUCCUCAGAAAUGGCUGCAAAAUCUUGCCGUGGGUUGCCUGCUGAACUUGCUGCUAGGCAAGUUGUGAAGGAAGCAUUAAGGACGAGGGGGCUGAAAGAUGAUACAACUUGCAUAGUUGUUGACAUGAUUCCACCUGAUGCCCCAGUGCAACCCUCAACUCCGCCCAAAAAGCAAAACAAGUUGAGAGCUUUAUUAUUCAGGAAGCGGUCCCAUGACCGUGCUAAUAAACUAUCGAAAAAGCUAUCAGCUGUAGGCAUAGUGGAAGAACUAUUUGAGGAAGGAUCAGCGAUGCUUGCAGAAAGGUUGGGGAAUGAUGAAUUCACUGGGCAGUCAACAUCUGGUCUUUUUGUUUGUGCUGUUUGCCAAGUUGAUCUUGCCCCGAGUGAGGGCAUCUCAGUCCAUGCUGGUUCCAUCUUCUCCACCAGCUCAAAGCCCUGGCAAGGCCCAUUUCUUUGUGCUGGUUGCCGUAAUAAGAAGGAUGCAAUGGAAGGAAAACGCCCUAGCGGAGUUAAAGUCAUUUGACUCCAUUUAUUGUUUCCCAAAUUCUUUUUCCCCCUAAUUCAAUUUUUUUUAAAUACCCAUUUUCUAAAACCAGCAUUUGUUUGAAUCUCACUAAGAUGCCGCAUCAGCUGUAUAUGUAAUAAUGUUCACAAAUGAUGUAAGAUGAGUUCUAGCAUCCAAGACUGAAAGCAAGUUGGCACCUAAUUGAGUUCUGCAGCAAUAUUCAAAGACACCUGAAGAUACUGUUAGGUAUGUUGGCGUAUAAAAUGAUAGAUGAAUGCUUGCAUUCACUGUGUUUCGGGUGGGGGGGACUGCAUUCUUUCACGUGGUAGUUUCUUCUGAUAAAAUGCCAGUGGCCUCUUUGACCCAUGUCUAGCAACCAAAGAGCAGAGCAAGACCGAGAGUCAGUUAUGCCUACGAUUACAGACUGCCUAUAUAGACAAAGGCGAAGAGGUAUUCUCGUAGGCCUUUUUAUUUUUUAUUUUUAUUUUUAUUUUUUCCCCUUUCUUAUUAUAUUCAAAUCCCCCUUCCCUUGCCCCUCCUUUUGAGCUUGUUUUGGCUAGAUGUUAUGUAACGAGGUGUACUAGUAUUUAUUAUGUGUAAAUAUAAAUUCUUUUUAAUCAAAUUUUAGAAUGCAUUGCCAAUA